AUGAAUCAGUCCAACAUCAAUAAAAAAGAGUAAAAUCAAGAUUAAAUAGAUUCAACUGAUUUAAACGAAGAAGCUAUCAAGUAAUAUAUUUGGAUUUAGUGGCUCAGGAAGAGAUUCGCUCAUACUUCCAAGAUUUAAUACUUAAAUCGACCUCAAGAACUAAAGAAAUAAAUCGACAUACAAAAUGUGUUCAAGAAAUUCGACGAGGACGGCUCAAAUUCUCUGGAUGUGAACGAAGUACAUGAAAUGUUUCAGCAGAACGGAAUAAAUAUAGGGGAAGAAACGCUGAAAAAAUUAUUCUCCAUUGUUGAUAAAUAAAAUAAAGGGGCCCUUGAUUUAGACAAAUUCUAAAAAUUCGUGAUAAAGUUGAUUAAAAUAUUAAGAAAACAAGAGGAAGAGAAAGCAUAAUAGAAUAAAGUUGCCUUUUUGCCUUUCGAUUUCAGUUCGCUGUUAAAUUUUCUAUCACAGAAAAGUCAGAGAGAUAAAUUACUUUCACAAGUUGAGUAAUCAACAUUUAACGUUGAAGAGACAGUUUAAGAUAUUUAAGCUUUCAAUAAUCUGUUUAAACUUAAGGCUUAAGCAGACACUGAUGACCUAGAUUUACCUAUAUAAAAGGAAGUUAAAGUCAGGUGUGAGAUGGAAAGAAUGCAACCUGGGACAAAGAUUGAUUUUUAAAAAUCUCAAACAUCUACUAUUAAUGAAACAUACAAUGAGGAUGAAUCUUUGAACAAGAUCGAUGUCUAUAAGGAUGCUAAACUCCGAAUACAAGCUUUUCAAAGGAUUUAUAAAGAUUAGAGUAUGUUUAACGAUAGCAGUAAACAUUCAAGUCCAAUUGGAAAGCACAGUGAAAGAGGAUCCCAAAGUGUAAAGAUAGAAAAGAUAUUGAAUAAUUAUGCUAAGUAAUCAAUGGAGAAAGAACUGAGUAAAACAAAUGUAAUUGAUGAGUUUUAAGAUGAAAUUGAUGAGUCAAAGCAUCUUAACUAAAACUAACUAGCAAGUAGAAUAGAUAAAAUGAUGGCUUCUACUUAAAAAGAUUAAGGCCUCUAGUUGAGAUCUUAAUUGAACUCAAUUUUAGAGGCAAACCAGAAUGAAAUCUCCAAACUUACUAGUCAAUCAUAAAGUUAGAGAAUGCUCCCUUAGCACCGUAAAAGUUCAUCAUAGGAUUUGUAGAGAGCGUUGACUUAACUUGAGUAAGUUCCGAAUGUACUAAUGAAGUAUGAAAACUUUGGUGCAGACCCAUAUAACAAAAGUAACUUUAGUAAUAGCAUUUAGAUAUCAAACAAUAGAUAAUUCUAAAGCAAUAGAUAAUUCUUGAAUUUUUUACAACAUAAAAACAAAAAAAGGAUUUCUAAUGAUUAAAAGAUAUUCAGAGAAGCGAAAAAGCAUUUCAAGGUGCCUGCAGAUGGUUUUAUUGAUUUUAAGUAAAAUCAAAUUGAUAUAGAGAAGUUAAGAGUAGAAGACUAGAGCAAGAAUCUUUAAUCAAUGCAGAAUUUUAUGUUUAAGAGAAGAGAUUUCGCUGCAAUAAAGGAUGAGAAAUUGUAAAGCAGAAUUAUUUAAGAUUAAAUGAGAAUCAAUCGAAUGGGCCUCUACGGAAUGGAGUUUCAAAAUCCGAGUCCUUCCAGAAAUCUACAAACAUUACCUCUUAAAUUUGGCAAGACAUAGAGAAUCACCAUGAAGGAUAAUUUAAGAGCUACGAGUACAAUUAAUUACGGUGAUGAAUAAGAUAAUUUUUAGAAAUCACUUAAACUAGUUGAUUUGAAGUAAUCAAUCACAGACAGAACAAAAAGAAGACAUCAAACAAAUGAAAAGAAUAAUGAUGAGCAGGUUUUAAGAACUUAUAGAGAUAUUAAAAUGCAGGUAAACAACAUGAAUUCAUUCUCAAACUAGAAAGCCUGGCAAACUAUCGAUUAAUAAGCAUCCUAAUUCGAUUACAGAAAUAAUCAUGCUAGUCUUGAAAAACUUCAUAAGUUUAAGGAUACUUAGCCUUUCUCUCAUGUGUUUAAAAGAAACUAAGAAAAAAAUUCCAAAGAUUAAAAGUUUGAGAGAAGAUAAUUUAUCAAAGAAAUAAUAAGUAAAAAGCAAAAUAAUUUGAUGAUGAGUCAAGCUUAAUCCAUUAUAAGAGAUAUUGAGCAAAUUGUUCCAAAUGUAAAAAGACCAUAGGAUUUGAUCAAUACAUAAAGAAUGAGCAUGCUUUGA